AGGGGCUGCAGCCCGGGACUCCGCGGUUCUCCUGCGGCGCGGGCCCGGCGGGCGUGGAGCGCGGCGCGGCGGCGGGACCAGGAGCGCGCGGGGCCGGCCAUGGGCAAGUCAGCUUCCAAGCAGUUUAACAACGACAUCCUGAAGGCCCACAAUGAGUACCGGCAGAAACACGGGGUCCCCCCACUGAAGCUCUGCAAGAAGCUCAACCGGGAGGCGCAGCAGUACUCAGAGGCCCUGGCCAGCACAAGGAUACUGAAGCACAGUCCCGAAUCCAGCCGCGGCCAGUGCGGAGAGAACCUGGCGUGGGCGUCCUAUGAUCAGCCAGGGAAGGAGGUUGCUGAACGGUGGUACAAUGAGAUCAAGAACUACAACUUCCAGCAGCCUGGCUUUACCUCUGGGACGGGACACUUCACAGCCAUGGUAUGGAAAAAUACCAAGAAGAUGGGCGUGGGGAAGGCCUCUGCCAGUGAUGGCUCAUCCUUUGUCGUGGCCAGAUAUUUCCCAGCUGGGAACGUGGUCAACGAGGGUUACUUCGAGGAGAACGUCCUGCCACCCAAGAAGUAAUUGGCUGCAUGGGAUGGGAAAGUGCUAGACUUGAGAUGUGGAUUUGAAGUGCCUAGAACCACCUAACUCAGCUGCCUCUGCCCCUGUAUGUGUGUGAGAGUGUGGGUGUCUGCAUCUCUUGCACACACACUUGAAUAUGCAAUUCCACGGGACCUCAUUCUUACCCCAGGAGGGAGUCUGGGAAGCAUGUACCCCCGCUGCCCCCCUCAAACCCCCAGUGAUUCCCAGAGUCAGGUUAUUUGGACUCCGGGGGAAAAAAAUCUUUUAACUUCUUUGGGGUUUUGUCUUUUUGUUUUAAAGUCAACUUCUUUCAUACCUUUUUAGAAAAUUCCUCUUCGUGAACAUUUUUUUGUCUCCCAAAUGUCUGUGACCUAAGACUUGAAAUUCUUUUUGUGAUCUUCCAGCAGUGCCAUCAUUGACCAUUGGUCGAUGUUUCAGAAGAAUCAAAGCCGCAUUUCUUUGAUUCUUAAUGUCCAGCCUUAAACACACAGAGACCAAACAGCAUCCCUGGGAUGGAGGGGGCCAGCGGGGAAGGAAUCUGCUUCACAGAAUGAAGCUUUACAGUGAACAGUGUCAGGAAUCUUAGAGCCGUUUUUCCACUGUAAGACAAGACGCCAUCUGCAAGCCUCCUGCAAUUCUCUCCGGGGCUUGCCAAAGAACAAGGGAGGGGAAAAGCUUGACUUCCUUGCAUUUUUCUCCCUUUAAAUAGCCAAUGACCACACUACCCCCUACAGGUCUUCCCACCCUUUCUCUGGCAAUAGGCUCCGGCUGGUUUCUGGGGUGCUGGAGCCAGCCCCGUCCACCCCCUCUCUAGGUGGCCCACGGCCGGUUCCGGGAGAGCCCCCCCUUACACUGCCUGGGCUCUUGGCCAAGCCGCCUUGGAAAGAUAAAGUCAGUGAGCUCGGGGGUGAGGGUGAGCUGACGCAGGCCCCAGGAAGCCCUCCAUCCUCUGCCCUUCCCCCUGGCCAGCUGGGCGGCAGCUCCCCCGGAUCCCAGAUCCCGGCAGCUGUGGCUGAGCUAUGCUUCUCCUCCCUCCAGGAAUGUGUGACAGGCCCAAGUGUUCCAGAGAAAUGUUCCCUGCUGGGGCUUCAAAUCAUUCACUGGGUUCAGUUACACCAGGAUGUUGGGAAUAACCAUCUCACUGGGUCAAUGGGAGGGACACAUGUGCCCACAUGCUGAGCUGAGCAUCCCUGAGAUCAUGCUGUUUCCAGGCAGGGGACUGUGGGCUAGCCGGCCCUCCUCAAUAGGGGCUUCCUGAAGUUCUCUGUGGCACUUCGGGACUUAGUCUCAGUCUGUGCCCUUUAUUUCAUUCGGGGAUAUGGACUCAAACAAUAAAAUUGUUGC